UCCGUAUUUUUUAUAAGCUGCAGAUGUAACAUGUGUAUCUAUCAUAUAUUGAGAUAAUAUGAAUGUUUUUUCCUUGUAAUAACGCACAAGGUGCGAUCACGUUUCAUGAGAUUACAAAUGCUUUUUGAAUUUUUUUGAUAUAUCGAACAUAAUUUUUUGAAAAAAAGUUACAAAUAAAACAAUAUUUUUUUCUUAUGUUUAAUAAUGUGACAAUUAUAUUUCCGAGCAAAUACUUCAAAACUUAUCGAUUGUUGAAGCUUCAUAGUCCGAAAUGAUGACCCUACGUUUGUUUGACAAUCAGGAUUAUUCGACGUUAGAUGCUAUACCAAACAUAUGUAUGGAGAAUUGCGAGAUAGGGAAUUACGACUAUUUGGAAAAGUGCAUCGAUAAUCUUGAAAAUAAAGAUUCUGGGAUCAGUUCAUCAGCCAUACCCACAAAUGCCACUGACAUUGAUUUACAAGACAACUUGGAUGAUGUUAAUUUGAAUAACAUUGAUUUUCAUUUCAUGAAAAUUGAAAACUUACUCUUGCAAAAUGCUGAGGAAUCUAAACCUUGUGCAAAGAGCAAAGAAAUAAAACAAGAAAAAUCAUCGGAAGUUAAUAUUUCAUGCUCGAUUAAAAAUUUUGACACAGUGAAUCUAAAUUGCAAUACUUUUUCAUGUAAUCUAAGCAAAGAAUCAGAUGUAACAACUAUUAACAAGAAUGAAUCUGAUACAUUUAACAAAGAUGUAACAAUUCAGUGUUCAGAAAAAAGGCCAAUAAUAGAGAAUUUUAAUUAUUCUACCAAGCUUCACAAAAAAAAUAAUAAGCAUAUAAAUUCUAAUGUAAAUGAAGGUAACAAUUGUAUAAAUCAAAAUGUCAUAUCAAAGUUAAAACAUGGAAUUAGAGUUGAUAAUCUUUCCCUAAAACCAUCGGAUAGAAAUGAACAAGUUCAAAAGUGUGAACAAUGUUUAAUGACAUUUAGAUAUAAGAGACACUUGGAUCGUCACUUGGAAGGUCAUCAGAAAAAUAAUUGUUCUCAUUGUGAUGAGAAAUUUGCUAGACGGAAGCAUCUGGAGGUUCACUUAUUUCGUGUGCACGGAGAACGAGUGGUCAGACAUGCUUAUUUGUGCGAUGUGUGUCCCAAAAGUUUUCCUAAACGUAUUCUUUUAAAUCGCCAUAGAGCAAAACAUAGCUAUCAAAAUGGUAAAGUCUGUUCUGAAUGUGGAGAAAUGCUAAAUGCAGAUAUAGAUAAAAAAGAGCACGAGGAAAAUCACUGUAAAAAGAGACAAUUUAAAUGUCAACAAUGUUUGCAAACGUUCAGUAUCAAACAGACAUAUUUGUCUCAUAUUCAAAAUCACAAUAAUUAUAAAUGUCCAAAUUGUAAUGUCAGCUUUGCGUCAAAAAAAAAGGCACGCGAGCAUUUUAAGGCAGUUCAUGUGCCAAAAUUAAACAAGUCAGAAUCGGCAAAUAAUAGUGGUCCAUAUUUUUGUGACAAAUGCAGACAUACAUUUAUCAAGAAGGAUGACUAUUCUCGGCACCUGGAAUCUACAUUACAUCUAAAUAAAAUUAACAGGGACACCCCCAUACGAGCCAUAUUUUCGUGUGUUAUCUGUUUGAAAAAAUUAUUCACGCAAAGAGCCUUGGAUCAACACAUCAGGCGUAUUCAUAAGGGCGAAAAGCGAUUCGUAUGCAAUAUAUAUGGAUGCACAUUUCAAUGUGCUAGAAGGACAGAUUUGGAUAGACACCAACAACUGCACGUAGAAGAGCGAAACAUCGUGUGCGAACAUUGCGGCAAGACAUUCACCAGCAUCAGUAUUCUUAAGGAUCAUGUACUUUAUGUUCAUAGCAAAGAGCGACAGUUUAUUUGCGAGGUGUGCGGUAAAGCAUUCAAAAGAAACAGUUUACUUAAGAGGCAUAAAUUGUCACACGAACAACAUCGCCCGUUUGUCUGUAUGCAAUGCAACACCGCAUUUAAACGCUCGCAUCAUCUCACUCGUCACAUGGAAUCUUGUCACAAAAUUACACUAGAAAAAAAGAAAAAGGUAGUAAAACUCAUGAAAACGGAAGAUGGUCAUCUUGUGCCAAUGCCGGAAAAAUUAAACAAGGACUGUAAUAAAAUGAAAACUGAAAAAGAGUGUGAAUCAAUUGCAGAGAACAAGAAGAAAGAUUGCUCAAUUACAAAUAUAGAUGAACAAGUUGUAAAUGUUGAUUCACCAUUGAAAAUACGGCCAUUGUCAAAUUCUGAAGAAAACUCUGAAUGCUCAAGUUUAUCGACAGAACUUACGAAUUUAUCCGUUAUCGAUUCCAUUCCGCAGGUUCUUUCAUUAGUAGAUGUAAAUACAGGACAAGUGCUUACUGUGGAAGUCGCCAAUCCGGAAUUUUUAUCUACCAACGAGUUAAUUGAUCAAUUUGGAACAAAUUGCAGUGAAAUAUUAAAUUUACCGGAUUAUCAAGAUAUAGAAUUUCACAAUCUUUUAAAUACCGAUCAAACGUAUUGCACAAACAUAUCGGAAGAUAAUACAAAUUAUUCGGAAAUAUCGUUAGAAAAUAUCGAAGGUUCGUUCUCGCUUAUAAACAAUAAUGGUAAGAUGGAAACAACAGAAAGUUAUUUAAUAAACGAAUUUUCACCGUUUCUUAAUAUUUAA